UUAUUGAUAAUAAUAAUUACGUUGACAUGCGCAUUUCUACUUGAGGGGGCUAAUUUUCCCCGCAGCCCGAAAGAAUUCGCUGAAGAAGGAGAGGAAAAUUGUUUGCAACUCUUUUCGCUCCUGAUGGUUGCACCAUGUCGAGGCGUAAGCAAGCCAAACCGCAGCACAUCGACUCCGACGAGCCUGCCUCGAUAGGAAAUGGGAUUCUUCGCGACGAUCAAGCGGAGGAGGCUGGAAAUGAAAUGAAGAGGUUCCGAAUGGACGAGACCAAGAUCUGCAACAAGUGCUGUGCCGAGUUCUUUGAUGAAGCAGAGUUUCUUGAGCAUGAGAAAAAUUGCACUAAAAGUCAGAAAGUGGUCAUCAUGAAAGAAGGAGAUGGCAACGAAGUGCCUGAGGAAUAUUCACAAGGCUCUCCUGAUGGCCUCAUGAGUGACCACGAUGACAGCCAGUCCAGCAGUCAUUCGCUAUCAAAUGUCAAUGCAGAGGAAGACUCCAGCAUGAACACAGAGGACAUGGGCCAACAUGAUCAGGAUGAGAGCCCUGAGAUGACUUUUCAUCCCUUAUCCAAACUCCAAGAUUCAAAUGUCACACUUGAAGCCAUGGCAGACACUAAAGUGGCAGUCUCCCAACAUUCUUCAAAUAAUAAAAAAUCUCUGACCUCAUCACAGGAAACCAUGCUGGCCAUCCCAAUGAUCUUGGAACAGUUGGUGUGCCUCCAGCAACAGCAACUACAGCAAAUCCAGCUCACAGAACAGAUCAGAAUCCAAGUAGCCAUGAUGACUCCACAGGGUCUCCAGUCAUCGGUAGGGGCUGUAAUGGACCCUCUGAAAGCUCUUGGUGCACAUCUCUCCCAACAGCUGUCUGCUGCAGCAGCACUGAUCGGAAAAAGGACUGGCAGUGAGAACCUUUCUAUAGAGACGAUGAAGCAAGGUAAACUACCUCUCCCCAGUGGCAUCCCUGCUUCUCUACCUGGAGGACUAGGUUCAAUUACUUCUAAAACUGACAUUUUGAAGGGUAUUCCGGAUCUGGCCAGCCGUUUACCAGCACUCCUGCCACAGUCACCAGGCAUCAUGGGUUUCCCUGGCACGUUCAAUGGUAUCCAAGCAGGGAUUGAGUCCUCCAAAAAAGUGAAGUCGAAGAUGCUGUCUCUUCCACCAGAGACAAAGAAUGGUGACUCAUUGUGCAAGCACAAGUGUAAGUACUGUGGAAAGACCUUUGGCAAUGACAGUGCUCUCCAGAUUCACUUGCGUUCUCACACUGGCGAGAGGCCCUUCAAGUGUAACAUUUGUGGAAAUCGCUUCACAACCAAAGGAAACCUCAAAGUGCAUUUCCAGAGGCAUAGAGACAAGUACCCCAACAUCACCAUGAACCCACAUCCUGUGCCAGAGCACCUUGACAAUAUUCCCACCAGCAGUGGCAUUCCCUUCGGCAUGUCGGUGCCCUUUGACGAGUCAAAUAUGACUGAAAUUAAGCCAUUGUUGAGUCAUCCUGCUGCUGGGUUCCACCCAUCAUCCAUGCCAGGAUUGAAAUCAUUUGACACCUUUGCAGAAAGCCCAUUUUCCCAGAGACCCUCCCCAUCAACAAGUGACAGCUCUCCAUCUGUUUCCUUGAAUGUGUUUGGUCAGGAGACUGGACCGGAUCCGACUCCGAAGGAUGCUAAAGAACAGCUUGGGGCUCUGCAUCAUAUGAAUGGUAGCGCCCACCCAGGAGAACAAAGCUCUGGUACUGCAAAACUUCAGCAAAUGGUUGAUGGCCUGGAUAAGAAAACCAACGACCCUAAUGAGUGUGUAAUCUGCCAUAGGGUGCUCAGUUGCCAGAGCUCUCUCAAAAUGCAUUAUCGCACACACACCGGUGAGAGGCCCUACAAGUGCAAAAUCUGUGGCCGUGCAUUCUCCACCAAGGGUAAUCUCAAGGCCCAUUAUGGGGUGCACAGGGCCAACACUCCUCUUAAAAUGCAGCACUCAUGUCCCAUCUGUCAGAAAAAGUUCACAAACGCUGUGGUCCUGCAGCAACACAUACGCAUGCACAUGGGUGGACAGAUCCCCAACACCCCGAUGCCAGAAAACCAGUUUGAAGCAGCAGAAGCAAUGGAGUCAUCUCUACCAGAGGACGCACCUGUUAAUACCAGUGGUUUUGAAGGAAGCAUGGAGGAAACCAAGCCAGAGCUGAACUCCCACAAGCCAAACGAGACCUCAGAAUCCCUCCCACCUCCUCCUGAGGAACAACCACAGCAGCACGUUGCCCCUGCUAUGUUUUCCAGCCUUGAUGUUUUGAAGAAUCUCACCUCUGCUCUUGCACUGAAACGACAGAGUAGCACCGCAUCGGAAAGCGAGGGAAUAUCCAAAGAAUCCCCAUCAGCUCCUAGAGAGCAGGAGUAUCAGAAUGGUCGUAGUCCUGCCAUUUCUGACUCCACCAUGUCCUUUAACUCCUCGUCGCCAGUGAACAACACGGGUAGUUGCAAGUCCCCUGAGUCAGCUGCUGAUGAGUAUUCCCGCAGUGUGUCAAAACCAGAAUCCGAUGGUAGUGCUCAAGGUGGCACAGAGUCCGGUGGAGCCCUCGACCUCACAGCAUCCAGCAGCUUCACCCCCAAAGCAAUUAAAGAGGAACCCGGUAUUCCCUUCACAAACGGAGACUAUGCUCCUAGUCACAUGCCUUUCAUGAGGAUGCCAUCAAGUCUGGCCAGUCUGGAGAUGAAGAUUCCUCCGGAGAAUCCUUUGGGCCAUCAUGGUUUGUUCAGCUCCCACAUGCCUCAGGGAACAGCCAUGCCCUCCAUCUCAGCGGCACCGCGACGAUCAAGCAAACAGCACGUAUGCCAUACCUGUUGCAAGAACUUCUCAUCUGCCAGCGCCUUGCAGAUCCACGAGCGCACUCACACGGGGGAGAAACCUUUUGCCUGCAACAUCUGUGGCAGGGCCUUCACCACAAAGGGAAAUCUAAAGGUGCAUAUUGGCACUCACAUGUGGAACAACUCGUCACGGCGCGGCCAGCGUCUGUCUCUGGAUAACCCCAUGGCGCUGAUGGCAAUGAGCUCCGAGGCAAAGAUGUUGCCAGAAAUUAUGCAGGCCCCCAAAGAACUGGCUGCUCCACAAAUGAACUUUGACCCAUCUCUGUGGAACCAGUACGCUGCUGCCUUCAGUGGUGGCCUGACCAUGAAGACCAAUGAAAUAUCGGUCAUCCAGGGUGGUGGCAUCCCUCUCCCUGGGAGCCCUGCCGGUGGGCCUCUGAUUGGAUCCACCGGAGGCCUCAUGAAGAUGGAUGGUUCGCACUCUGGCUUGCCUGCCACUGUGGCUGAAAUUGAGAAGAACAGCUCAGACAGUGUGCCAAAAUCACAGUUCCCACAUUUCAUGGAGGAGGGUAAAAUUGCAGUUAAUUAGGCUUUUUUAGCCAUCAGUCAGUUUUUUUUUUUUUUUUGAAUGUCUCCUUUUUGAAUGAGGUACAAUCAACAUUCACUGAAAACUUUGUAGGAUUCUGGGUAGGUCGUUUUGAAUUUUUCCAGUAACUUCAUUGCAGCUAUCUUCCCUCCUGAUCUGCAGGAUUCUCAAGUGUUAUUUUUAGUUGAACUUGAUAUAACUACUGUAGUUGUAUUUUAUUUUAUAUAAAUAUAUAUAUGCGGGUAUUUUUUUAUUUUUUCCUUCCUGUGCGUUCUUUUUCGUUUUGCUGUCUAUCCAGAAGUUUGAAUGUAUAACUUACUUGAAACUGCUUUAAUUCAGACCGUCUCUUUGAUACUUACUGAAGGAUUCUUGACUUUAAUAGGAAAAGUUUCAGGGCACGACUUUUUAAGGACACAGUGUCUCAGUGUUCAGAAUUAAUGGUGUAGUUAACUGUACGUAUCUAUAAUGACUACUUUCCUCUCCUAUUGUGUGCCAUAGGUUUUAUGACAUUGUACAUUUUUUGUAGUGGUAAAUGUCAUUAGCGUGUGUCAUUUUUUCGAAGGGGCCUUUGACCAGAUUGACAGGAUAUUCCAGUGUAUUGUCUAUCAAAUCAAGGCGCGACAGUUCAGUCACCAGUUUUGGAUAAUGUUGAUUAUAAAGUAGGCAUUCAUCUUUGCUGCAUAGGUGCUAAGCUACAGUAGUUGAUGACUCCGACCUUUUGCCAAGUGCCUAACCCAGGUUGUACAUGUUGCUGUUGUCUGUCACUGCGCCAUAAGGUUAUGAAGGCUCUGUUAGACUGAUUUAAACUAGUGUUUUGUACUGUGUAGCUUUACAUGCAUUUCAUAUUUUCACUCAGAUUUCAAAAUCCCACUCGUACAUCUGCAGAGUCCAAUUUAGUUGGCUGAGGUCUGAAGGCUUUUAUAUGCUUAAUGUUCUCAUGCCUGCACUUUAUUUCAGGUUGUAGUUACAUUUACAUUUUAUAGAUGCAUUUCACUGCUUUUUUAUUGUGGUGGCUGAACAGGGAAAGGGCAAAACAACAAUUUUGCUAACUUUUCCUUUUAUGUAAUUUUUUGUUUGAAACAACCAUUUAGAUUAAUUGUCAUUCUGUUUGUUUUUUCUUCUAGGAUAUCUUAUCAUCUUGUAGCAUCAUUAAUUUAUUUAUACUUCACAAAGUGCUUGAGUUUAGGGGGUAAGUUCUACCUCGUUUAGAUUUUAGUUGUCCUCCACCCCCCUACUCUCAACGCAAAUGCUCUGUACAUUUUCCGAUACAUUCUCAAGUACGCGCUAUGAUUUUUCAUACUCAACCUGCUGAGUUGAACAGUAAUGAAUGUAUCACUGGACACUUUACACAACUCAGAAUGGUCCGAGUACUUUGUAGGCCCCUGCUGUACAUUCCUUAUCGAUAUGCAUUUGCCAAGUUGUGCCUUUCUUUAGCAAACCAUGUCAAAACUGCUUUCAAGUUGUCUCUACAAUUUCAAGUGAUGUUGGAGCCAAUUUGGCCUGUUUACAAUGUAAAUGUGUUUUUUUUCUUUUGUUUUUCAAAUGUUUCCUUCACCUAAAUGUUUUCUGAUUUUGAAAAAUAAAAUCAGGGUGACUUUUUCAA